AGGUGCUACCAUGGACAACAUGAAGCCUGGGAUGGAUUUGGCUAGCCAGAAGAAGGCUGACGAAGAUGUGAAAGAAGAGGAAAAGAGCAGGAGCAAGAGGCUUGGAGGCAUUAGAACAAUGCCAUUCAUUCUUGCAAAUGAAAUAUGUGAUAGAUUUGCUGCCAGCGGAUUCCACAGCAACAUGAUAACAUACUUAACUCGGGAAUUAAACAUGCCUCUGGUACAAGCCUCGAACACUCUCACCAAUUUUGGUGGAACGGCCAGCUUCACUCCCCUAAUUGGUGCUUUGAUUGCUGACUCCUUUGCUGGUCGCUUUUGGACCAUCAUUGUUGGUUCCGUUAUUUAUGAAUUGGGCUUGGUUAGCAUCACCAUUUCGGCAGUGCUACCAUCGCUCCGUCCCCCGCCGUGCCCAACUCAAGAGCACUGCCAGGCAGCCUCAGCGUUUCAACUCUGGAUAUUAUACAUGUCUCUUCUCCUCACAUCUCUUGGCACCGGUGGCAUUAGGCCUUGUGUUGUUACAUUCGCUGCUGACCAGUUUGACAUGGACAAAUCAAGCACUGCCCGGUCAGGAAAGUGGAAUUUCUUCAAUUGGUACUAUUUUAUCAUGGGAAUAGCAACGUUGACUGCCUUGACUGUGGUGGUUUACGUCCAAGAUAAUGUGGGCUGGGGUUGGGGUCUUGGGAUCCCAACCAUAGCCAUGGCUAUAUCUAUCAUAGCCUUCCUCAUAGGUUCAGCCCUUUAUAGGAAAUUGAAACCAGGUGGAAGUCCGUUGAUUAGAUUGUUUCAAGUGAUUGUUGCGGCUGUGAAGAAAAGAAAAGAAAUUGCACCUGAAGACCCCAAGCUCUUGUAUCAGAACAAAGAGCUUGAUGCGGCUAUUUCUGUUCAUGGAAGACUUGUACAUAGUGAUCAGUACAAAUGGUUUGACAGAGCUGCAAUAGUAACUGAAAGGGAGGCUACAAAUUCCAACCCACCAAAUCUAUGGAGGCUAGCCACAGUCCAUAGAGUGGAAGAGCUAAAAACCAUCAUCCGAAUGUUGCCAAUUUGGGCUGCUGGAAUUUUACACGUCACCUCAUCCUCACACCAGCACAGCUUCACCAUCCAACAAGCUCGAACUAUGGACCGUCACUUAUCCCACUCCUUCGAAAUCCCACCAGCCAGUUUGUCCAUCUUUGGCAUCCUAACCAUGCUCUCUGGACUAGUUCUAUACGAACGCCUCUUCGUCCCAUUUGCUAAACGGUUCACCGGAAACCCCUCAGGAGUAACAUGCUUACAAAGAAUGGGCAUUGGUUUCACGGUCAACAUUCUAGCCACAAUUGUUGCAUCAUUUGUCGAGAUGAAAAGGAAAGCAGUUGCAGCGGAUCACACCUUGUUGGAUGACCCAAAAGCCAUAAUUCCCAUCAGUGUGUUUUGGUUAGUUCCUCAAUUUUGCCUUCAUGGGAUAGCAGAAGUUUUCAUGUCAGUCGGGCACCUGGAAUUUCUUUACGACCAGUCACCAGAAAGCAUGAGAAGCACAGCUGCAGCACUGUAUUGGAUAGCAAUAUCGGUGGGGAACUACAUAGGAACGUUGCUGGUAUCUCUUGUUCAUAAGUACACCGGACAGAAGAACAAUUGGUUGCCUGACAGGAAUCUCAACAGGGGAAGCCUAGAGUACUACUAUUGGCUUGUUAGUGGCAUCCAAGUUGUGAAUCUUGUUUACUACGUAAUUUGUGCCUGGCUUUAUACUUACAAGCCAUUGGAAGAAGUUAAGGAAGAAGAUGGUGAAUUCCAUGAAAAUAAGAUUUCACAAAAUGGAUCGGAGCUUGCAAGAAAUGAAACGGCUUAGUUAGAUUGCUUCUUCAAGGGAGCAGGUGGUGCCUGCCCAAUCGGAUGGCAAUGCAUAGCGGAUGUAAUAUAGUUAAACACCAUGGAUGGAUCAGUAAUUAAUGCUAAUGAAGGCCUUUAC